UAAAAAAAGAGUGGAAUGAUGGAAGAGACUAAUUUAGGUAGCAUAAAUCUGCCGGGGUGUGUUUGGAUGUUCUCUGUUUCUGUGGCAGGAGGCAGGUAUGAUCUGUGGCAAUGCUCAUCUAUUACCAAACCUGCUCCGAAGCUGGCGCCCGGAUUGAAAACAGAUCUCGGGGAAAAGCACGGUUCCACAUGUGUCAGCCAUUACUGCAGACAACUCAAUUAAGUCCGAAUGCCUUUUUAAGUGCAGCAUUGUGGCACACAAGUCGGCUCUGGGGUGAUAAUGUUUGCAGUUUUUCUCCGGGAAAACUUGGAGGAUCUGGAGCCGUUAGGGCCGUGCACGUUGAGCAUGACAAAACACGCUUCUUGGGUAAAUAGUUCUGGCUGCUAUGGUUCUGGAGGAAUUAAAGAAAGACAGAAAUGCCCAUGAGGGAGCUGCAGUGGGAAGGAAAAGAGUCGACGCGGCGCACAUUUCUGUUCAAACACACGGGGCACGCUUCGUCCUUUCAUCUCCACUGCUGCUGUUUAUGUUGCUUUGUAAUGGCUUUUAAGGUAUCCUGCAUGCAGUUAGCAGAGAUGAAGCCAUAAAGUGGGCCGACAUGAGGGAACGCUACUGAAUGUGCAAUAAUACUGGCCUUUACUAGUCCUUUCAUGCUUUGGAGAAACUUUUCAGCGACUGUCAAAGGAGGCAUUUAUCACUUUAAUCCCCACCUGGCACAGAGAAUGAACGCGAGGUUCCACCAGGUUAGAAGAGUGAUGACCAUCCUGUUCCUUACUAUGGUUAUUUCAUACUUCAGUUGCAUGAGAGCUGCGCCCCUGAGAGACGCCCCGGGCAUGCGGGGCCAUCGGACGGAAGGCUACCUGGGCGCUGCUGCGACGGCCCCCCGGGGCCACGGGACUCCGCAGAGUGGCGGGCCGGGCCAGCGCGAGGAGCUCCCCUCGCUAACAGACACGUUCGAGCAGGUGAUAGAGGAGCUGCUGGAGGUGGAGGGCGAGGCGGCGCAGCUGGGACAGGGGGCCGACAAGAGCCAGGGAGGCGGGGGCCCGUCGUCGGUGGCCGCCGCCGAGGCCAAGGAUGUCGACCUGUACAACUCGCGGGUGAUGAUCAGCAACCAAGUGCCUUUGGAGCCGCCGUUGCUCUUUCUCCUGGAGGAAUACAAAAACUAUCUGGACGCCGCCAACAUGUCCAUGAGGGUGCGGCGGCACUCCGACCCCUCGCGGCGCGGAGAGCUUAGCGUGUGUGACAGUAUUAGCCAGUGGGUGACAGCUGUGGAUAAAAAGACGGCGAUAGACAUGUCUGGGCAGACAGUAACCGUCAUGGAGAAGGUCCCUGUCCCCAAUGGCCAACUGAAGCAAUACUUUUAUGAGACCAAAUGCAACCCCAUGGGGUACACAAAGGACGGCUGCAGAGGAAUAGACAAGCGGCAUUAUAACUCCCAAUGCAGGACAACCCAGUCCUACGUGCGAGCGCUCACCAUGGAUAGCAAAAAGAAGAUCGGCUGGCGGUUUAUAAGGAUAGACACUUCAUGUGUAUGCACAUUGACCAUUAAAAGAGGGAGAUAGUGCAUAAAAUGUAUAGAUUUUAUUGAAGAGUUUAAAAAAGAGAAUAAAGAGAAAAUAUCUAUUUGUAUAUAUACAUAACAGGGUAAAUUAUUCCGUCAAAUGAUAAUUUUAUGGACUGCAUGUAAAAAAAGAUGAAGUUUAUACAGUAAAGUGAUACUACAGUCUAUUUAUUGAACAUAUUCAUGACCUUGUAAACAAUUAAAAAAAAUCUGAUCAGUCAUUUUGCGCCCAGUUUAAAUUACUAUGUCACAUUAAUCGAGACAUUGUGAUCUGUUUACUUUGCCAAGAAAUUAGAAAACGAAGGGGGAAAAAAAAGAACAAUAACAACAACAACAAAAAAAAAACAAGACACAGGCAAGGAAUGAAUGAGAGAGGACAGUUCCAUCUUCAAAAGCUUGCAUGCUGCUUUUAAAUUGUGAAUUUAAAGAAAUUCUCCACUUUCAAAGAAAAAAAAAGUUUAAAAAAAAGGAUAUGAUGCUGACCAAAAAAGAAAAAAAAAAUCAUUCAGUUUACAUAUUCAGCAGAAAAUGAUUUCCUCUCGAGUAAAAUUAUCUGUUUACUGUUCUAAACUUCUCAAGGUAAUGUUGGAAUUACAUACUAUGUCAAGGUGCUGUUGUCAAAGCUUUGCUGUUUAUUUUUUUAUCCGCACCAGAGGAAAAAAUAUAUUU